UCUGCGCGCCGGGCUAGGGGCUGCUGAGCGGCAGGGGCCGGGCUCCCGCACCCCGCUCUCAAGUCCGGGGUUACCCGCGGGGCCUGAGUCGCGCUUUGCCUCCUACAGCCCCUCGAGCUAGCCCUUGGCUCGGGAUUGGAGACUGGCCGUUAAUUCUUACCCAGAUCUCACACGCUGUCCCCGCUCCCCAUCCGAGGGGGUGACAGGCGCGAACGCCUUUCAAACACGUGUUAAAAUGCACGACGUCGUCUCAAAUGCCAGAGAUUUGCGGGAGUGCUCCUGGAAGGCCUCAAAAUCGCCGCAAGGUUUAAGACAUCCGUUUCCAUGUUGAAACAAAGCCCUCUAAUCCUGCAGUGACCAACAGUUCACUUUGGAAAGUGAAGAAUGGAAUCCUUGGGAAGGAGAUGAAAAAAAUGAGCAACAAUACAGAUUUAAAACUAGCCUUCAAGUAUUAAAUAAAUCCACGAAAGGAAAAACAGACCUCAGUGUACAAAUCUGGGGCAAAGCUGCCAUUGAGCUUUCAUUCAGGUGAAAUCAUGAUAAAACAUCAGGGGCUGCCAUAAGGAGAAAAGAUGCAGUGGCAUUUGUCUGUGAAGGGGAUCAUGCAUUCAGGGAUAUGUGUUCAAGUGAGGAGGAGGCUUGUAUCUCUGGGAGCACAUUUUUGAAGGCUUACUUGAUCCCAGCGAUGAGACUGCUCAAUGGAGGGAAGGAAAGUCAAUCGUAGGAAGAACACAAUACAGCUUCAUCACUGGUCCAGCUGUAAUACCGGGGUACUUCUCCGUUGAUAUGAAUAAUGUGGUACUCAUUUUAAAUGGAAGAGAAAAAGCAAAGAUCUUUUAUGCCACCCAGUGGUUACUUUAUGCACAAAAUUUAGUGCAAAUUCAAAAACUCCAGCAUCUUGCUGUUGUUUUGCUCGGAAAUGAACAUUGUAAUAAUGAGUGGAUAAACCCAUUCCUCAAAAGAAAUGGAGGCUUCGUGGAGCUGCUUUUCAUAAUAUAUGACAGCCCCUGGAUUAAUGACGUGGAUGUUUUUCAGUGGCCUUUAGGAGUAGCAACAUACAGGAAUUUUCCUGUGGUGGAGGCAAGUUGGUCAAUGCUGCAUGAUGAGAGGCCAUAUUUAUGUAAUUUCUUAGGAACGAUUUAUGAAAAUUCAUCCAGACAGGCACUAAUGAACAUUUUGAAAAAAGAUGGGAACGAUAAGCUUUGUUGGGUUUCAGCAAGAGAACACUGGCAGCCUCAGGAAACAAAUGAAAGUCUUAAGAAUUACCAAGAUGCCUUGCUUCAGAGUGAUCUCACAUUGUGCCCGGUCGGAGUAAACACAGAAUGCUAUCGAAUCUAUGAGGCUUGCUCCUAUGGCUCCAUUCCUGUGGUGGAAGACGUGAUGACAGCUGGCAGCUGUGGGAAUACAUCUGUGCACCACAGUGCUCCUCUGCAGUUACUCAAGUCCAUGGGCGCUCCCUUUAUCUUUAUCAAGAACUGGAAGGAACUCCCUGCUGUUUUAGAAAAAGAGAAAACUAUAAUUUUACAAGAAAAAAUUGAAAGAAGAAAAAUGUUACUUCAGUGGUAUCAGCACUUCAAGGCAGAGCUUAAAAUGAAAUUUACUAAUAUUUUAGAAAGUUCAUUUUUAAUGAAAAAUAAAAGUUAACUUAAUUAUCUUUUUGAGCUAAGAU